AUGGAGCCCUUCUGCCCGCUCCUGCUGGCGGGUUUUAGUCUGCGGCUCGCCAAGGCUUUCACGGUCAACGAGAGCAUCCCGGCCAACAGCAACUGGACCUCCACAACCGCAGAGCCGCAGGCCCCGGGCGCCCGGCCGCUGCUGGCCUGGCUGCUGCUGCCGCUGCUGCUCCUGCUGCUGCUGCUGCUCCUGGCUGGCUACUUCCUCAGGUUCAGGAAGCACCGCAAGGCCACGGUCAGCGGCGGCGACAGGAAGAUGCCCAACGGGAUCCUGGAGGAGCAAGAGCAGCAGAGGGUGAUGCUUCUCAGCCGGUCCCCGUCGGGGCCCAAGAAAUACUUCCCCAUCCCGGUGGGCCGGCUGGAGGAGGAGAUCCGGGCCCGCUCGGCUGACGACGGCAAGAUGUUCCGCGAGGAGUUCCACUCGCUGCCGUCCGGACACACGCAAGGAACCUUCGAGCAGGCCAAUAGGGAAGAAAACAGGGACAAGAACAGAUACCCCAACAUCCUUCCCAAUGAUCAUUCCAGGGUGAUUUUGAGCCAAGUGGAUGGAACACCCUGUUCGGACUACAUCAAUGCUUCGUACAUAGAUGGUUACAAGGAGAAGAACAAAUUCAUAGCAGCUCAAGGCCCGAAGCAGGAAACAGUGAAUGACUUCUGGAGGAUGAUCUGGGAGCAGAAGUCGGCCACCAUCGUCAUGCUGACGAACCUGAAAGAGAGGAAAGAGGAGAAGUGCUUCCAGUACUGGCCGGACCAGGGCUGCUGGACCUACGGGCACAUCCGAGUGUGCGUGGAGGACUGCGUGGUGCUGGUGGACUACACCGUCCGCAAGUUCUGCAUCCAGUCGCAGCUCCCCGACGGCUGCAGGGCCCCCCGGCUCCUGUGCCAGCUGCACUUCACCAGCUGGCCGGACUUCGGGGUGCCCUUCACCCCCAUCGGGAUGCUCAAGUUCCUGAAGAAGGUGAAGACGCUCAACCCCGCGCACGCCGGGCCCAUCGUGGUGCACUGCAGCGCGGGCGUGGGCCGGACGGGCACCUUCAUCGUCAUCGACGCCAUGAUGGACAUGAUGUACGCCGAGCAGCAGGUGGACGUCUUUGAGUUCGUGGCGAGAAUCCGCAACCAGCGCCCUCAGAUGGUGCAGACGGACGUGCAGUACACGUUCAUCUACCAGGCGCUGCUGGAGUACUACCUGUACGGCGACACGGAGCUGGACGUGGCCUCGCUGGAGAGGCACCUGCAGGCGCUGCAGGGCGCCGCCUCGCACUUCGACAGGAUCGGGCUGGAGGAGGAGUUCCGGAAGCUGACGAACGUCCGGAUCAUGAAGGAGAACAUGCGGACGGGAAACCUGCCGGCCAACAUGAAGAAGGCCCGGGUCAUCCAGAUCAUCCCGUAUGACUUCAACCGCGUGAUCCUGUCCAUGAAGCGAGGCCAGGAGAACACGGACUACAUCAACGCCUCCUUCAUCGACGGCUACCGGCAGAAGGACUACUUCAUCGCCACGCAGGGGCCGCUGGCGCACACGGUGGAGGACUUCUGGCGGAUGGUGUGGGAGUGGCGCUGCCACACCAUCGUGAUGCUCACCGAGGUGCAGGAGCGAGAGCAGGACAAGUGCUACCAGUACUGGCCGGCGGAGGGCUCCGUGACGCACGGCGACAUCAUCAUCGAGAUCAAGAGCGACACCCUCUCCGAAGCCUUCAGCGUCCGGGACUUCCUGGUCACCUGCAACCAGCCCCUGGCCCGCCAGGGGGAUCAGACCCGCGCAGUCCGCCAGUUCCACUUCCACGGCUGGCCCGAGGUGGGCAUCCCGGCCGAGGGCAAGGGCAUGAUCGACCUCAUCGCUGCCGUGCAGAAGCAGCAGCAGCAAACCGGCAACCACCCCAUCACCGUGCACUGCAGCGCCGGGGCGGGUCGCACCGGGACGUUCAUCGCGCUCAGCAACAUCCUGGAGCGCGUGAAGGCCGAGGGGCUGCUGGACGUGUUCCAGGCGGUGAAGAGCCUGCGCCUGCAGCGGCCGCACAUGGUGCAGACCCAGGAACAGUAUGAAUUCUGCUACAAAGUGGUACAAGAUUUUAUUGAUAUAUUUUCUGAUUAUGCUAAUUUCAAAUGA